AUGCUCAGACAAGACUACAACCGCAUUGACCCUAAGAGGCGCAAUGUUCUCGAUUACCGCAAGAAGCAGUUCGCCGAUCCCGCCUACAAGGAAACCGAGUACCCGCAUCGUCUGAACUUCUACGCGACCCCUCCAACAGCAGACAUCACGCUCGAGCAGUUUGAGCAAUGGGCCAUUGACAGGCUGCGAAUCCUCGCCGAGCUGGAAGCAUGCUCGUUCCGCAACAAGUCACCCGCCGAGACGGCGUCACACAUGAAGCCGCUCCUCGAAAAGUACCUCCCGCUCGACUCCAACACGUCGUCGUCAUCGAAACUCUUUGCCGAGCGUCAGAAAGACCACUACAGCCACUUCAUAUUACGGCUUGCCUUCGCGUCAACUGAAGAUCUGCGACGGAGGUUCAGCCGCGUUGAGACCAUGCUGUUCCGCCUGCGACUGAACGAGGACACCCUACGCGAACGAAAUGCAUUCGUGCAAAGCAUCAAUCUCGACUGCGAGCCGGUGACAGAAGAAGAACGGAAUGAAUAUCGCGACGAGCUGGCGGCGACGGCCGGAUUCAGAAAGAACAACGAGGACGAGCUGUGGUUCAAGGUGGACUGGGAGCGCGUGCCCGACCUAGUAGAGGGAAGAAGAGUGUUCCUCAAAGCCGGCAAGGCAUACGUGCCCUCGAGGGAGCAGGCGAGUAUGGUGGUAGCAGAGUUCACUCAGAGACUAGAACGCGCGUUAGAGCUCACGGCUCGCGCAUUACCACGGCUGGACGAAGACGACCGGCUAACACCAAUCCUCGACCACUUGUCCAAGAACUUCACCACACCCGAUGCCUCGUACAAUAGCAGCACCUCUUCCGUGCCCGGUGCUGACAUUUCAGCACGCAACGUCGAUGCGCUCUCUUCGCACUUCCCCCUCUGCAUGCAGCACUUACACCGAUCACUCCGCCGGGACUCGCACUUGAAGCACUUCGGUCGUUUACAGUACACGUUGUUCCUGAAGGGAAUAGGGUUGAACUUGGAGGAGAGUCUGGUCUUCUGGCGAACCUCCUUCAACAAGGUUUCCGACGACACCUUCAACAAAGAGUACAAGUACAAUGUGCGCCACUCUUACGGUGAUGUGGGUGGCGACUCCAAUCGUCGUGGGGGCGGCUACUCGCCAUUCUCAUGUCAAAAAAUCUUGACAGAGCAUCCUCCUGGCCCCGGCGAGGCUCAUGGCUGCCCGUACCGACAUUUCAACUUGGAGAACCUCAACACGUUGUUGCAGGGUGUAGGCAUCUCGGAUAGAGCAGUCCUACAGGGGGUCAAGCAAGACAAAGACAGCCAAAAGUUCCACAUGGCUUGCAAUCGCGUCUUUGAAUAUGUCCACAAGAAGGAGAUUCAGAAGGCCAAAGAGGAGGGCAUCAUGACUUCGGCGCAACUCGAGACUAUUGUGCAUCCCAACGAGUACUUCAAGCGAAGUUACUUGCUAAAGAACCUGGGCAAAGUGAAGACCGAGGAUGUGAAGAUGGAGGGCUAG